GCGAAGAGUCGGGAGCAGCUGGAGCGGACUUGGAGGAAGCGACGGCCGCGGCGAGGGCAGCGGCGGAGCGAGCGCCUUGGAGCCGUGGAGCUGAGCUCGCAGCGAGGAGCGGCUCGCGGGCCGGAGCGGAGUUCAGAGGCGCGCGGGGAGCCGUGAGCUCUGGAGGCCGGGGCUGCACGGGCCGGGCGGAGGAAGGAAAGCGGCUGGCGGGAGGAGGGCAGAAACUAUCCCGCUGAUCCCGAGACAAAAGACCCAGCCAAAGCUCUGGACAGGCACCCGGGUACCGAAAUGUGAAGCUGCGAGUGAAGUGUGGCAGUACAAUCAGAAGACAGAUGGACAGUGUGACAGCAUCAGAGAGGAUUGGGCCUGGCCAUGAGAGUCACCCAGCAGGCAGCGAGUUGACAAGUUGCUGAGAAGGAAGCCAGGGGGCACUGUGGCACACAGAGGGAGUGGAGCCUGUCUUCACACACACCAUUGAUGGAGGACAGAUGGACAGCCGGAUGGCCAUCUCCUCUUAAACCUUCGUCCUCUGCUGGACGCCUAUUAGGAAUUUUAGCACACUCUCUGAAUUUGCUUUCCAUCAAAACGUAAAUUUGGACUGUUGUAUACAGCCAGACUUGACUUGUUGCAUGGUAACAGAUCUGUAAACAUGAGCGCCGAGGGGUACCAGUACAGAGCGCUGUAUGACUACAAGAAAGAGAGAGAAGAAGACAUUGAUCUGCACUUGGGUGACGUAUUGACUGUGAAUAAAGGGUCCUUGGUAGCCCUUGGAUUCAGUGAUGGGCAGGAAGCCCGUCCUGAAGAAAUUGGCUGGUUAAACGGCUAUAAUGAAACCACCGGGGAAAGGGGAGACUUCCCAGGAACUUAUGUCGAAUAUAUCGGAAGGAAAAAAAUCUCACCUCCCACUCCAAAGCCCCGGCCACCGCGACCCCUUCCUGUUGCACCUGGUUCUUCAAAAACCGAAGCAGACAGUGAGCAGCAAGCUUUGACUCUUCCGGAUCUGGCAGAGCAGUUUGCUCCUCCUGAUGUUGCCCCACCUCUCCUCACCAAACUUCUGGAAGCCAUUGAAAAGAAAGGUCUAGAAAGUUCAACUCUAUACCGAACACAGAGCUCUAGCAACCCUGCAGAAUUACGACAGCUUCUUGAUUGUGAUGCUGCCUCCAUGGACUUAGACAUGAUUGAUGUGCACAUCUUAGCAGAUGCUUUCAAACGUUAUCUCCUGGACUUACCAAAUCCUGUCAUUCCAGUAGCCGUUUACAGUGAAAUGAUCUCCUUAGCCCAAGAAGUACAAAGCUCCGAAGACUACAUCCAGCUGUUGAAGAAGCUCAUUAGGUCGCCUAAUAUACCUCAUCAGUAUUGGCUUACACUUCAGUAUUUGCUAAAACAUUUCUUCAAGCUCUCCCAAAAUGCCAGCAAAAAUCUCUUGAGUGCUAGAGUGCUUUCCGAAAUUUUCAGCCCUAUGCUUUUCAGAUUCCCAGCAGCCAGCUCUGAUAAUACUGAAAACCUCGUAAAAGUUAUGGAAAUUUUAAUCUCAACUGAAUGGAAUGAGCGACAGCCAGCACCAGCACUGCCUCCCAAGCCCCCCAAGCCCACUCCUGUAGCCAACAACGGUAUGAACAGCAACAUGGCCUUACAAGAUGCUGAAUGGUACUGGGGAGAUAUCUCGAGGGAAGAAGUAAAUGAAAAACUUCGGGAUACAGCAGAUGGGACCUUUUUGGUACGAGAUGCAUCUACUAAAAUGCAUGGGGAUUAUACUCUUACACUAAGGAAAGGAGGAAAUAACAAAUUAAUCAAAAUAUUUCACCGAGAUGGAAAAUAUGGCUUCUCUGAUCCAUUAACCUUCAACUCUGUGGUCGAAUUAAUAAAUCACUACCGGAAUGAAUCUCUAGCUCAGUACAACCCCAAACUGGAUGUGAAAUUACUUUAUCCAGUAUCCAAGUACCAGCAGGAUCAAGUUGUCAAAGAAGAUAAUAUUGAAGCUGUAGGAAAAAAAUUGCAUGAAUAUAACACUCAAUUUCAAGAAAAAAGUCGGGAAUAUGAUAGAUUAUAUGAAGAAUAUACUCGUACUUCCCAGGAAAUCCAAAUGAAAAGAACAGCUAUUGAAGCAUUUAAUGAAACCAUAAAAAUAUUUGAAGAACAGUGUCAGACCCAGGAGCGGUACAGCAAAGAAUACAUAGAAAAAUUUAAACGUGAAGGGAAUGAGAAAGAAAUUCAGAGGAUUAUGCAUAAUUACGAUAAGCUAAAGUCUCGAAUAAGUGAAAUCAUUGACAGCAGGAGGAGACUGGAGGAAGACUUGAAGAAGCAGGCAGCUGAGUACCGAGAGAUUGACAAACGCAUGAACAGCAUUAAGCCUGAUCUCAUUCAGCUGAGAAAGACGAGAGACCAGUACUUGAUGUGGUUGACUCAAAAAGGAGUUCGGCAAAAGAAAUUAAACGAGUGGCUGGGCAAUGAAAACACUGAAGACCAAUACUCCCUGGUGGAAGACGAUGAGGAUUUGCCCCACCACGAUGAGAAGACAUGGAAUGUGGGAAGCAGCAACCGAAACAAAGCGGAAAACCUCUUGCGAGGGAAGCGAGAUGGCACUUUUCUUGUCCGGGAGAGCAGCAAGCAGGGCUGCUAUGCCUGCUCUGUGGUGGUGGAUGGUGAAGUCAAGCAUUGUGUGAUCAACAAGACGGCGACUGGCUAUGGCUUUGCUGAACCCUACAACCUGUACAGCUCCCUGAAAGAACUGGUGCUACAUUACCAACACACCUCCCUUGUGCAGCACAACGACUCCCUCAAUGUCACACUAGCAUACCCGGUCUAUGCCCAGCAGAGGCGAUGAAGCGCUACCACCCUCUUAAUCCUGUUCCUGACCUUCAACCACCUGAGGCCUCCGGAAAGCAAAGGGCUCCUCUCCAGCCUGACCUGUGAAUUGAGCUGUGGAAAUGAAGCCGUCUUCCUGCAGAUGGGACUACAGCUUUCUAGGACAAAAAGAAGUAGGGGAAGGCACGCAGCCUAGGGCUGUCAGAUGAUCAGAUGUUUCUAACCUGAACUGCUUAUCCUUCCCCCCCCCCCUUUUUUUUUUUAAUUUAAAGCCACAACAACAUAAAGAGAAAAAGCAAAAAUCUCUGCGUGCAGGGACAAAGAGGCCUUUAACCAUGGUGCUUGUUAAUGCUUUCUGAAGCUUUACCAGCUGAAAGUUGGGACGUUGGAGACCGGAAGGUAGAUAAGCCGGAAGAGCCCAAGCCUGAGAACGCUCAGUCCAGCCUAGUCUAGCCUGGGUGUCGCACCCAGACACAUCGCACUGUGGAUUAUUUCAUUUGCUGACAACGGACAAUAUGUAGCAGAAAGCACUUCUGCUCACCCGGAGAAGUCAGGAGAAACUUCAGUUCCUGUAUGUUUCAGAGGAAAUUCUGUUGUAACAAAGUGCCAGGAAGUGUUUUGUUGAAACGUGUCAAAACAAAAACACAAACAGCCCACCAACAGAAAAAUGGAGCUUGGAAAACAGGACUUACAAUGACAUUCAAUAUAUAAAAUAUGUAUAUAAUAUUGGAUGACUAACUAUCAAAUAGAUGGAUUUGUAUCAAUACCAAAUAGCUUCUGUUUUGUUUUGCUGAAGGCUAGAUGCACAGCGCUAUGCAAAUCUUAAUUUUUAUUGUUAUCAGUUGAAAUGUACCUUCAGAAUAAGCUUUUCUUACCCCAGUUUUGUCGCUUGAACAUAUUGUCCCUGAUUUUUGUUAAUAUUCAUUUUGUUUUUGUUAUUAUCUUUUUUUAAAAAGAAGAAAUGUACAGAAUGCCAGUUACAAAAAAAUGGCUUCAGAAUUAAAACUAUGAAAUAUUUUACAGGUUUUUUUUUGUUUUGUUUUUGUUUUUUUUUGUACAGAGUACUUGGCUGUUAGCCCAAGGUUAAAAAGUUCAUAACAGAUUUUUUUUUUUGGACUAAAUGUUUUGUUGGGCAGUGCCUGAUAAGCUUCAAAGCUGCUUUAUUCAAUAAAAAAGAGAAAAAGAUAUAUGAAUAUGACAAAGUAUUGCUGAGUCCAACGAUGUUGUUUUAAGACUCUUAAAAUACGGUACCUGGCAAUGUUUAUUUGAUAGUAAUUUCUGAACUUCUUGAAUCUAGGGAGGGGGGUGGUGGCGGGAGGGGUGACGAGGUUAUGUGCACUUUCUCGCAAUUACAGAGAAGUGGCGAAAAACUGCAGAGUGGACUUGCUUUUACGUCAGUCUUUUCGCACUUCGAUUUGCUAGUUGUUAUCAGUGAAUGACAAUUACAAACCUACUGUAAACUCUAACCCACGUGCAGCUGGUGAAGUGUUUUACUUCUGAGGAAGGAAGUGCUGAAGAGUUUUGGGGGGCUCUCUGGAUUAGUGCUCCCCUUAGCACACUGGUUUCAAAGUAUAAACUCUGCAUUUAGAAAAUGCGUUUUCUCCUCUUCGCAUUAGAUUAGCCACCACAACCAACAUUCAUUUUAGAAAAACAAAACAUGGUUUGGGAAAAAUACUUUUAGUGGGAUGUGUGCUAUUUUCCUAGCUUUUCAUUCAGUGUAGAACAUAAAGCGCAUGGACACAGCUCAUGGUCAGUACCAUGGGCUAUGUGGAGCAUCACAGAAAUCCAAAGUACCAUCCUCAUUCAUCCAGCAACCGUGUGAGGGGACUUCACUGUGGGGAAGGGAGAGGUGGGGGAAUCAUCUUUGCAAUUCAGGGUGGCUGAGAGCAUUCUCCCUUCCUGAUUGACAUGUUCAGCAGGAGUUGUCUGCAUGCAGACUAAUGUUAUGCAUGGUCACUGCCCUGCCUGGUAAAGCGGCAUUUUGCCAUUUCAGGUCCCCUUUCUCAAUAUUUAGGAAGACUCAUCCACAACUUUUAUUUCUUUUCCCUUCCUUCAAAUACUAAGAUGAGGGUGGGUUUAGUUUGGUUUUGUCUUGUAAUGUUCUUUUAAAAAAAAAUCUUUUGGGAAGAAUCAGUCUAAAUAGUUGAGUUACUCAUCUGUAGAAUGUAUUAUGUUUUCUUCUGUUCAUAAAACUACUCAUCCUCGAGCAAAACGUCAGUCAUUACCCAGACUGGCAGCCCUCAAACUUGACUUUCCUGAUCUGACCAUCUCCUUCUCAUCACCAGACAAAUGCUGAUUCCCUGGGUUUCGUCUGUUGUCUUUGCUUUGAAACUUGUGACAACCUCUUCCACAUCACAUCAAAGUUAGCAGUUAAUAGUAGUUUGUAAACUUAAGUUUGUGGUUUGUUUUUGUUUUGGUAGCACAUCAUGUAUGCUUUUAAGAUAUCAAUAACUUGCAUUUAGUUUCUCAGCUAGAUCUGACAUUGAAUGCUUCAUUAAAAGCUGCAGUGUCAUUCCUGGUUUUGCUUCAUACUCUAUGCAAGGUGGCUUGCGAUUUGGGCAGUUGCCUUGAUUUUGCAUCUCACAAGCACAAGUGCAUUAGGUUUUUUCCAUUGAACAGAAAACAGGAGUCAUUCUUUCCACAUGAUAGCAAGUUGCACUGCACCUAUUCUGCCCAAUGCCUUUGUGAUGACAGUGUAAGCAUGCACACCAAAUUUGCCCUAGGUGUUUGAGCAUCAGGGCUGGGUGGGUUUGAUUAGUUGGUCAUCUCCUAACAACCCUGAGUGGCUCAUGAAUACAGGUGGAUUCAGUAGUCACUUCUCAUACAUCACUUUUUCCCACCUGAUGUAGCAUCCUAAAGACCAAGCCAGAGCUAAGCUGCAGAGAGGUUGUGAUAGGGCUGGACAAGUGGUAGCAUUGGGACUUUGAUCAUAACCACAUGGAAAGGCAACAGUAAUGUUUGAAACACUUAACAACUUCACGGCCCUGGAUAGAUGUGUAUAUAUAUAUAUGUAUAUGUAUAUGUGCAUGGACUGGGUUUCCUGUUAUACAACCCAAACAGAUCUACAGUUGUUGAGCUCAAGUUACAUAAUAAGCAAAUGUCUAGUACAAUUCUUGUAUUUGUGUAUGGUCGUUUGUUUGAGAUUGUUUUGUCUUAUAAAGGUGAAAAUUGUUCCCAAGUGAACGGAGUUUUUAAAAGUGACUCCUGUGAGGGGGGGAGCAGGUCUGGAUGGUUCGCUUAUGUUGGCAGUCCUUGUUCACAGUGUGUCGAGUCAGUGUGCUUAUGUGAGCUGUCAUUGUGGAACCAAUUGCUCUGUUGUGUAGCUGGUUAUGAACUAGUAACAUGUUUGGGAAGUCCUACUGAUGUUCCUCAUUGGGAGAAAAAUACCGCUGGUUUUAACAAGUGUGCUUUUGCUAUGCAUGGUAUUCGAGUUGGUUGAAAAGCAGAUCUUGCUAUCUCUUUGAAUUUGGGGUCACUGAAGAAAAAAGGGGCAGUUUAAAGCACAAAGCCCCACAUGGGACAAAGUUCCAACAUGCCAAAUUCUUUUUAAAAAAAAAUCUAAAUAAGAUACUAGUAUCAUGGGUGGGGAAGGAAUGGAAUUAGGUUCAUUGAAAAGACUACCUAGCUUAACAUUGAACUUGUCACCAUGAGAUAGCAUUAGAUGCCCCAGAUGCUGCUAUUGGGGGGGUGGGGGGAGAGAGAAACACGCAAAACAAAAUACCCCAACAACUCAUUUCUGUGUGUGUAUUUUUUAAAACUACAAUCUGUUCAAUGUUUUUACAAAUCUGUUUAUAUGACAUUGAUAAAAAUAAAGUUGGUCUUUUGACGAGAGGGAGUAUGUCAUGGUCAGUUGUAAUCUUGCCUUUACAAGGCAACCGGGGUGGGGGUGGGGGGGAGUGUACCUCCUUGACAUUUUGUUCAAGUUACAGAUUCAGUGGAGCUAUGUCUUGUUUUAAGUUGCUUUAAUGCAUUGUAUUAGGUCUUAAAAACAGAAUAAAGGUUGUUUUGAAACUUAAAA